AUGGUCCUGGUCAUGAAACUUCUGUUCCUCACCUGCCUGUGGCCAACAGCAGUGCUACACAGUUCCCAAAGUCAGCAUCACCAUCUUCAUCGUCGGCAACAAUUCUCGUUCUUAAGAAAGCAUAGCAGCAAAAGAGAAAUGAAAAUGAGGAAACCUGACAGCACCAAAGUACAGCGACUUAAAUCUGAGCAGCUUCUUCGCAUAGAGGACCAUGACUUUGCAUUGAGACCUGGAUUUGGAGGGUCGCCAAUACCUGUGGGCAUUGAUGUGCAGGUAGAAAGCAUUGACAGCAUAUCUGAAGUUGACAUGGACUUCACAAUGACUUUAUAUCUCAGACAUUACUGGAAGGAUGAGAGACUUUCAUUUCAUAGCAACAAAAACAGAAGUAUGACUUUUGAUGGAAGACUGAUAAAAAAGAUCUGGGUACCUGAUGUAUUUUUUGUGCACUCCAAAAGAUCUUUCAUCCAUGAUACAACUGUGGAAAACGUCAUGCUCCGAGUAUACCCUGAUGGCAAUGUACUCUUCAGCCUACGGAUAACAGUUUCUGCUAUGUGUUUCAUGGAUUUCAGUAGGUUUCCUCUGGACACUCAGAACUGUUCUUUAGAACUGGAAAGCUAUGCAUACAAUGAAGAUGAUCUGAUGUUAUACUGGAAACAUGGAAACAAGUCCCUGAGCACAGAUGAGCACAUCUCCCUCUCCCAGUUUUUCAUCGAAGAAUUCAGUGCUUCCAGUGGACUAGCUUUUUACAGCAGUACUGGUUGGUACAAUCGACUUUUUAUAAACUUUGCACUCCGGAGACAUAUUUUCUUUUUUGUCCUACAAUCCUAUUUCCCAGCCAUGCUGAUGGUGAUGCUGUCCUGGGUUUCAUUUUGGAUUGACAGAAGAGCCGUUCCUGCCAGGGUAUCACUAGGCAUAACUACAGUGCUGACAAUGUCAACCAUCAUGACAGGAGUAAAUGCCUCAAUGCCUCAAGUGUCUUACAUAAAGGCUGUGGAUGUGUAUUUAUGGAUCAGCUUCCUUUUUGUCUUCCUGUCUGUCAUCGAAUAUGCAGCAGUGAACUAUCUCACCACAGUUGAAGAGAGAAAGCAACUCAAAAAAAGGGGCAAGGCUUUAGGAAUGUAUAGUAUUGAUGCAGUGCAAGCAAUGGCUUUCGACGGCUGCUUUCACGACACAGACGUGGACAUGGACCUGACUGCUUUCUCAGACCGCUGUGACGAGAAUGAGACUCGGGCACGUGCAGCUAGUGUCUCCAAUGUGGACACAACACGCGUAAAGAGGAAGAGAUCUCUGAAGGGAAACGUGGGCAGGAUUAUUUUACAGAACAAUCAUGUUAUUGACACAUAUUCCAGGAUUAUAUUUCCCAGUGUCUAUAUUGUGUUCAACUUUUUUUACUGGGGUUUGUACAUAUGAACAAAAAUCAUCAUAAGCUAGACAUUAUUUUGCAUCUGAGGGUAGCAUCAUGUUUUAAAAAUAAUGCAACAGCAGUAGAGGAAAGAGUUAAAAGUUUCUGAAACUGACAUCUGCAUCAUACCAAGGCUGGUUUGGUUAGCAGCAAAACUGUUAAUGAAAAACUCUCGUGAGCCUGGUUUCU